CUUUCUUUUAGUGUAUAUCAAAAAAAAUACCCCGGAAUUAUCGUUUUGUCAAGGUUAGGUAGGGUCUUAGUAGGGGCAGUCGACUUUGCUGACCUUGAGAAAUCGAGUUAUACAGCCAUUCUUUCACCGCAUAACAGACUUCUUUACGGUUUAAGGAAAGGUAAAAAGGAAGUUUGUGACGGUUUUGCUUUUUUUGUUCUUUUUGACAACUCUGUCUUGAUUACUCUCUUUUUUCGGUAAAACAAUUACAACUAACACUUUUGGAUUUUUGUCCCCUUUGUAAGAUAUUAAUCUUUUACAAUUACCUUCCCAUCGCUUAAAACAGCCCAGUAUGGACACUUCUUUAUUCAGCAAUUUAAAAAAUGAUAUAAAAAAAUCACUUGAGAAACAAAAUUCUCACACGGAUAAGAAGGGACAUAAAGGACCGAAACAAAAACAAGAGGCUAUAAAUAGGGAGGAUUCCAAAAAACAAGUUGAUCGGAAAAGACCGGCGAAAAGUGGUCCUCAAAAACCUAAAGAAAAUCAACCUGCAAAGUCGGAUAAAGUCGCUCAAAAAAAAACCAAGAUUGAUGUAUCUAUGAAGGAAUUGUUAGAGCUCGGAGGCACGAAGGAGGAUCUCGAACUGGUUGCAGACCUUAGUGACGAAUCUGAAUUGAGCCAGGGUGACAGUUCUGAAGAUGAAGAGACAGAAGAACACAAGAGCAAACGUCUUAAAGAAGACAAGACUUUACUUUCUGAUCUGCAAUCCUUAGCAAAGAAUCUUGGAUUCGGAGGAAAUUUUGAUGAACGAGCUCUGGUCGACUCUGACGAUGAAAGCAUCGACGACGAAGACAGUGAAGAGUUUGAAGAAAGCGACUAAAUUUGCUUCGUCCUGUUAUCUUAAAAAUAUAUACAUAGCAUUUCUUCUUUAUGGGAAGUAUUUUGGUUACAAUAUACAUUCAUUUGUCAAGUGGAUGGCUAUAAUGGCACAGGUUUCUGUUUGUGUCAUCAGUUUACUAGUGAUAAUGCAGACUUCGUUAGUCGUUUUGUUUUCUAAACACUGUCGAUAGGGACUUGCGUUUUCCUUGUCUUAAAAAAUUCUCAAAAAAUGCUAACUGCGUUUCCCUUUAACAUAUCAUUUUCUUUAAGUAUUCCUAGUAUAGAAUAUAAAUAUAAAUCGUUAUUAUUCGUUUUAAUAUAGCACACGCUCUAUUUUUGAACUCUUU